AUGGCAAUUGCACGUCCGAUUCGAAUGCUGGGUGCAGCAUGCAUCCUGAUCACAUUAUUCCUCAUCUUCCAACUAAGACAGGGCUCUAACAGUACCUCUUCUAAGCUUGUCCAUGGCAUGACCAGGGACCCUCUUCUAGAUCCAACGGGUGAGCCAGCUGGGGAAUUAUGGCGCGCCGACGAGCACGACUACAGUCCUGAAGCCGAGAAAUCCGCUCGCACUAAUGCCGCCCUGAUUUCGUUGGUUCGCAAUGAGGAACUCCACGACCUCCUUAACACUAUGAGCGACCUCGAGAGGACCUGGAACCACAAGUUCAACUACCCAUAUAUCUUCUUCAAUGACAAGGAGUUCACCGAUGAAUUCAAGCAGAAGACUCAGGCUGCCACGAAGGCCAAGUGCCAAUAUGAAUUGGUUCCGAAGGAGCACUGGGAUGUUCCGAGCUGGAUCAACAUGGACCUUUUCCGCGAGUCCGCCCAACUGCUGGAGGAGGAAAAUAUCCAGUACGCUUCAAAGGUAUCCUACCAUCAAAUGUGUCGCUGGAACAGCGGCAUGUUCUACAAACACCCGGCUCUUGACAAGUAUCGCUACUACUGGCGCAUUGAGCCCAAGGUUCAAUUCUUCUGCGAUGUUGACUAUGAUGUCUUCCGCUACAUGGAGGACAACAACAAAACCUACGGCUUCACCAUCAACCUCUACGAUGCGCCUCAGACUAUCCGUACUCUCUGGCCCGAGACCAAGAAGUUCCUAGCGGCAAACCCUUCAUACCUGAGCGACAACAACAUGUGGGAGUGGAUUACAGAUGACAAGGUUCGUCCUGAGCACACUUCUGGUGCCAACGGUUACUCUACCUGCCAUUUCUGGUCCAACUUUGAAGUGGGUGACAUGGAUUUCUUCCGUGGUGACAAGUACGAGGCCUAUUUCCAGCACCUGGACCGUGCCGGUGGCUUCUACUAUGAGCGAUGGGGCGAUGCGCCAGUCCACUCUCUCGGCGUUGGUCUGUUUGCAGAUGCAGCCAAUGUGCAUUGGUUCCGCGACAUUGGAUACAAUCACAUUCCCUACUACAACUGCCCCAACUCACCCAAGUGUAAAGGCUGCACCCCUGGCAAAUCUUACGCUGGUGCAGACUUUCUCCAAGAAGAGGACUGCCGACCUACUUACUUCAAGUAUGUUGGAACACACUGA